AUGAAACGCAUGGCAAUAGAUCGAGAGAAGAAGGCGUUUCUGGAAAAGCAGAAGGCCAAGCAAAAGUUGGCAGAACAGGCGAAAAUGAAAACCUCGGGGACGAAGGAAGUCACGGCACCAAAAGCUGCUCCUCCAAAAGCUUCAUCGGUGCGAAAAUCCAAGUCGCUCACUAAACCACUUGAAAAGCAAAAGGUAGAAGUACAAAGUCAAUUUAUAUCUGUAAGGACGGUCCGUAAAGUGGAACAACCUCCGAGAGUCGCCGUUCGAAAAGUGAAGUCAUCGCCGAAAGCAGACGCAGCAAAAAAGGGGGUGACAAAAAGUUCGCUUCUGCGUAUGAGCGAGAAAUUGAAGAAGGCAGAAUUGUCACGAGAAAGUUCCCGAAUUAAAAGCGCUGAAGCUCUACCAAAAGUGAAAAAGCCGACAACAGCGUCACAAAGAACAUCACCUGUGGAGAGCCCGUCAAAGAUGCUGCAGACCGUGGACGUGUCUCCAAAGGGAGUUAAAUGGUCAGAGGUGCUGCCAAAAACUGCAAAGAUAGGAGAGACCUCUAAAGAAACCUCUAAGUCUGAAGGAGAUCGACCUCAGGCAGUAGCACGGUCUCCUUCAACAGAUGACGUGACGACAGCAAGAGAGCGAUCUGUCAGAGGAGCACGGUCCCCUUCUACUAGAGAAGUAUCGACAGCAAGGGAGCGAUCUCUCAGAGAGGCACGGUCCCCCUCUACUAGGGAAGUGACCACAGCUAGAGAGCAUUCUCCUAUGAAAUCUCCUGCAAUCUCUCCGCCUUCGGACACGCCUUCAGACCGAUUAACUUGGAAGGAAGCGGACCCAUCAGAGUUGACGAGCGUCAAAGAGUCGCCGUCGAUGACCGAAACUGCCGUCGAACUGAGUGUUAGGAGAGUUUCAUCACUGCCCGCCAUUCACGCCUAUCCUUCAGAGGAAACCACCAACGCGUCAUUACAAAUAUGUUUAUGUUCGGCUUAA